CACACACAUGUAGUGUUAAUAGCUGAUUCACACGAAUCGGCCGCGUGCGCGUGCGCAUUACAGUGAAAGUGAAAAAAUAAUGCCUUAAUAACUCAGCUAUCGGCGGAUUAAAAAGCAAUUGAUAAUUUUAUAAAAUUAAAAUACACGCGUACAAUUAACUCGUGUGGAAAGCGAAAAAUGUUAACACGAUUUAAAUAAAAAAAGUGUAUUUGAAAAUGUCGACGGAUGACGUAACGAUUAAAGUUGACAGUUCGGAGGGCGGGAAAAAUGACAGUGACGUCGCCAAGAUGGCGGACUUUGACAGGAUACAGAACGCGUCGAAGGAUUUGCUGGGGCUGCCGAGGAAUGGGCACAGGAGGUCGUUUAUGGAGGAGGAGAGCGCGAAAGAGAGAACCAGAGCGGAAUUAUUGAAGCAAUGCUCCGCCAUUUUGAAGCAAGGCGACCAAAGAUACAACAAGGAUAGUCUGCACAGGACUUUUCAAGAUGAGGAUUUUUUGGACAGAAUAUUUCGACUUUUCGACGUGGAGGCGAACGACCACUUGGUGCAAGAAGACUGGAUCGAAUUCUUGAAAAUUAGAUUGACGGAUGAAAAACAAUUAGACUUCGUAGAACAAGUGGAGAGCGUGGCGUAUGUGCUCUGUGGUGAUGAGGUGAUCACCCCUGAAGCCUUUAAGCUAAUCUUGAAGAAUAAAGUUGUAACAAAGAAGUUUUUACGUGUUGUCGACACCGAUGGUGACGGGUGGGCGACGGCUGAAGAAAUCAUGGAUUUCCUAUCUGCCGUCACUACUAAUAGACCAAGGGCAGGCAUAGACAAGCCGAGUGUAGAUAGACUAGAGAAGCUGUUUCGCGACACAGUGGGAGACGAGAAAGAGAUAACGAGAGAACAGUUCCAGAAGAUUAUGGUUUCUAAGAACCCAUUCUUCACGGAACGCGUGUUCCAAAUAUUCGACGAAGACAAUUCUGGAACAAUCUCGCAACGCGAGUUCAUAGCGGCGGUGCAUCGGUUCGGGCGGCAAUCGCCGGAGGAGAAGAUUCGAUUCCUGUUCAAAGUCUACGAUCUGGAUGGUGACGGGCUGAUCCAGCACCGCGAGCUGCUGCACGUGAUGCGCGCGUGCAUGCACGAGAACGGCAUGCAGUUCAGCCCGCGGCAGCUGCUGGAGCUGACGGCCGCGCUGUUCGACGACGCGGGCGGCGGCGCGCGCGGCGCCAUCACCUGCGACGACCUGCGCGCGCAGCUCGCGCGGCACCCCGGCCUCAUCGACAACCUGUCCAUCAGCAUCGACCGCUGGCUGGUGCCGCCGCAGCCGGCGCGCGCGGCGCCGCUGCGGGCGCGCGCGCGGGCGCUGUGGCCGCACCAGCUGACGCUCGCGUACAUCCGCAACAACUUCGCGCUGGUCGGCUACCUGCUCGCCUUCUUCUGCGUCAACUUCGCGCUAUUUGUGGCGCGGCUGGUCGAGUACUGGCACAGCAACGUGUUCGUCAUGCUUGCGAGGGCGUGUGGGCAAUGCCUGAACCUGACAGCGAGCUGGGUGCUGGUGCUGAUGCUGCGGCGCUCGCUGACGGCGCUGCGCUCGCUGGGGCUGGGCGCGCGGCUGCCGCUGGACCACCACGUGUACCUGCACAAGCUCACCGGCGUCCUGCUCGUCGCCUACAGCGCGCUGCACACACUCAUGCACCUGUGCAACUUUUGCCUCGUAGUGGUGAACGACCCGCAGCUGAACGCGCAGAACUGGACGACGUGGGAGUGGCUGGGCACGGCGCGGCCGCGGCAGUUCGGGCUGGCGCCCGGCGCCGCCAACCCCACGGGGCUGGCGCUGUGCGCCGCGCUGCUCGUGCUGGCGGCCUGCAGCGCGCCCGCCGUGCGCCGCGGCGGCUGCUUCGAGGUGUUCUACUUCACCCACCUGCUGUAUAUCCCGUUCUGGGCCUUGCUCAUUGUGCACGCACCAAACUUCUGGAAGUGGUUCAUCGCACCUGGUACUAUAUAUGUGAUUGAGAGGAUAUUGAGGCUCAGCUGGACAAUGUCGGAGCGCGGCAAGACGUACAUCGCGUCGGGCGUGCUGCUGCCGUCGCGCGUGACGCAGCUGGUGGUGCGACGGCCGCCGCUGUUCCACUUCCGCGCCGGCGACUACGUGUUCGUGUGCGUGCCGGCCGUCGCGCGCUACGAGUGGCACCCCUUCACCGUCAGCAGCGCGCCCGAGCAGGAAGAUUACAUCUGGCUUCACAUCCGCGGCGUGGGCGAGUGGACCAACCGCCUCUACUCGUACUUCGAGCAGGAGCAGUUGCGCUUACAGGGACACACGAAGUGCCGAAGCAACUCCACCCAGAGCAAGAGCAGCCGCAAGGGCGACGCGUCGCCGCUCGCCUUCGAUAACGACGCCUUCUGCUGUGACGACGGCACUGCGUUUAAAGCAUUAUCUCCGGUGCAAAUCGCGCGACAGAGUUUCUUGUCGCCGUUAAAGAAGAUUGAAAAAUCCAGCUCGAUGCCGGAUGUUUUCAACGAUGUUCAGAGCAAACAGAAAACCAAUACACCGCCCGUGUACCUCCGCUCCGAGUCGGCGCAGUGCAUGUCGGAGCACGCGGGCGGCGCGGGCGGUGCGGGCGGCGGGGGCGGCGGGGGCGGGGGCGCGGCGCACAGCGUGCGGCACAUGCGCCGCAAGCCCGCCGUCAUCGACUGCGCGCCGCCCGCCCGCCGCGGCUCCGGAGACAGCUUGUUCGCGCUCGCCCGUCGCCGCUUCUCCAAAAGUCGCUCUCCGGAACGAGACGUGGAAAACGAACUGCGCGUCCACACUGAGGAAAGUCCUUCUGAAGCUGGAAGCAGUCAUUAUCCGGUGGGGAAACCACUUGAGAUCUACCUGGACGGGCCGUACGGCGCCGCGUCGUCGAACAUAAUGCGCGCGCAGCACGCGGUGCUGGUGGCGGCCGGCAUCGGCGUCACGCCCUUCGCGUCGCUGCUGCAGAGCGUGCUGCUGCGCCACGCGCGCGCGCGCGCCGCCUGCCCGCGCUGCGGCCACGCCUGGCCCGACCCCGCGCGCCACGGCAUGAGCCUCAACAAGGUGGACUUCUUCUGGAUAAACCGCGAGCAGCGCUCGUUCGAGUGGUUCGUGUCGCUGCUGUCGCAGCUGGAGAUCGACCAGGCGGCGGCGGGCGGCGCGCGCUUCCUCGAGAUGCACAUGUACAUCACCAGCGCGCUGCAGCGCGCCGACAUGCGCGCGCUCGGCCUGCAGCUCGCGCUCGACCUGCUGCACGACAAGGGCAAACGCGACCUUAUAACCGGUCUGAAGACGCGCACGAACGCGGGCCGCCCCAACUGGGACAAGGUGUUCCAGCGGCUCGCGGCGCAGCGCCGCGGGAAGGUGUCCGUGUUCUACUGCGGCCCGCCGCUGCUCGCGCGCUCGCUGCGCGCCAAGUGCGACCAGUUCGGCUUCCACUUCCGCAAGGAGGUGUUCUAGCCGCCGCGGGGCCACGCCUGGGAACACCUGGCCUUCCGCUUCGGGAGAGCUGUUCAACCUGGGGGCACGGAUUGGGAAGACCUGCAUGUCGUUACUGGUUUAGGACGUGUAUAUAAGUUUUGGCAAAAAUUGCAUUAAUUUCGACUUUCUGUUCAAGGAAGUUUCAGUUUAAUUAGGUUGUUAUUACGAAGACACGAGAAAAUACUAGAACGGUCUUUAGAAAUGACUUAAAAAUUUAGUGUAAAUGUCGUUACUUUAGACUUUCAGUUUAAGGAAGUGUUUCAAGUUCAUUGGGUUGUUAUUAGAAAGAUAUUUUAUUAAUAUUAACUAAAACGAUCUUGAAAUCACCCUUUAAACUUUUAUAUUUGUUCUAAACCAGUAGCUUGAGGCCAACAAAGUCAAAUAUGUCAACUUGCAAAUACACUCACUAAAAUACCAAUAUUAAAAGCUACUAGAAGUAAUGAAGGUGUUGUAAAACUAUUUGGAAGCUCCAGUAAUAAUUAGACUUUCUUUGUAAACUAUGAUUUGUGUAAAAGCGUGUUUAUUUAAUACUAAAAAUCUUAGCUCUCUCAACAAAAUCGUAACUUCUAGCAAUAAUUAGCACAGGUGACGCCAUCUAGUUUUAAAUAGCUUUCUUGUUAGAUGUAUUAUUUAUAAUUUGUUGUAAAUUGCCAUUUAAAUGUAUAAGUUCUGUGUAUAAUGAUAAUUAUAUUCUAUUUGCUAAUUUUCACAAUACAUUGCUUAAAAUACUUCAUUAUUAUAGCUCGAAACUUGAUUUUUGACUCGAAUGUCAUCCAUUUACCGAAAUAGACAGACAAGCUGUCAUAAUAGGCGAUGUUGCCAGUUAUAAUUCAGAAUUUACGGAAUUUAAUUUUAUCUGUGGUUUAUUUAACAUGAACAAAGCUGGACUUAUUAAAUUUUGUUAUACUAUUUUUUUACUUUUUAUUUGUAAUGGAUGAAUUUUUACAUGCAAUGACAUUUUCAUAACUAUAAUGGUAAUUUAGAUUAAAAAAAUAUUUUUUUUAAUCUAAAUGAUCAUUUAUCUAUCGUCAGUAUUUUUAUUGUAGCUUAUUAAAAGUUAUAAUUUAAUAUUUAGUAUCUAUUCGUUGAGAUUAUAAGAUAUAUAUACUAUUACAAAAUGAUUAUUAGAAAGAAAUAUAAAUACUAUGUAAUUUUUGACAUUAAUUUAUAACAUUCGUUUUCAGUAGGAGUAAUGAGUUAGACAUUUAAAGUUUUGUUGCCAUGUUUUGACUUUUUUAUUGCAAUAACAAUUAUUUAAUAUAUUUUUGAGUUACCGAACAAUUUCGAUUACCUAUAAUAUUAAUAAUACCUAAUUUUUUAAUUGCUAAGUUAUUUCUUUUAUAUGAUUUGAAUCUUUAUAUUGGAUUGUAAUAAUAUAAAUUGAUGAAUCAAUCGCAAUUAUGAAGGAUUUCAUUAUUACCUCGACGAUAAUAAAUCUUAUAAAAUAUGUUACAUUUCCUUGUUAGUCACUAAUUAAGUACCUAAAUUAUUAUUUUGUACUUUUAUACAUUUCUAUGGACUUUAGAUGUA